CGGACAUAUUCCCACCUCUAGCGAUAUUUGCGCUGACAUAUUCAUAGGCUACUUGCAUCAUGAGUCAACCACGCGGCGGUCCGAGGGGUAGACCUGGAGCGCAAGGGCAGUCUCCGGGAAGGGGCGGCCGAGGCUCCUCCCCAUCCCCACGAGGCAGGGCGAGCCCCGUCCCUGCUAGAGCAGUAUACGGGGUUUCUCGCGGGCGUGGUGCUCGAGGUGAUUCCGUCUCUACUCGAGGGAGCUCUCGUGGCGGCUCUCGUGGCGGCGCACCAGCGGAAGUCUUCGCGGCAAGCCAGCCCCCUAACCAGGAUGCACGCCUGGCAGACGCGGAGCUCGACCGCCUCGUCCAGUCCUUCAAGAGCGUCAGGAUCCCGCCGGACAUGCCCCUCCGUCCCGGUUGGGGCACUCAAGGCGACCCUGGCGUGGUUCGGACCAACUUCUUCGCCAUCAGGUUGCCCCAAAAUGCGACGUACUACGAGUAUGAGAUUUCCAUCCAGCCCAAGGCCCAAGCCAAGGGCGACAGGAGGUUCCGGAUUAUGCAGCUCGUCGAACAAUCACCUCAGUUCCGACCUUACGUAGCGCAGGUCGCCCAUGACCGCAGUCAACGUCUCGUUUCCAUUCAACAACUACCCCAACCUCUUGAGAUUCCUAUCCGGUACCUUGAGGAGGAUCAGGCUGACGACCCAAAUGCGCUGAACUUCACAGUCGAGAUGAAGUUACUCUCGAAGCUCGACAUGUCCCAGCUUAAUCAGUACAUGAGCGGAAAGCCGGAGCAUAGGAACAUAGACACGCAGCCACUACUGUCUGCGCUGAACCUGGUGGUACAACAGUACGCACAGCGGCAUGGCGUCCGUGUUGGGAAGAACAAGUAUUUCUUCCCUACUUCCUCAGAGCACCACACUCUCUCCCUAGGCGUCGAAGCCUUCCGCGGCUUCUUCAUGUCAGUGAGGCCCAUGUACAAGCAAUUGAUGGUCAACAUCAACCUCUGCAUGACCGCCUUCUACAAUCCUGGAAAGCUCGCCGAUGCUAUGGAUGCCUUUCAGAGGCAGUCGCGUGGCGGUAUGCCGAACUCGUUCGCGGAGAAGCUGAAGGUGUCCACGAAGCAUCUCGGGUAUACUCGCAAGUUCACGAUCUACCGCAUCAUGAACGGGAAGACGGCCCGUAAGGAGACCUUCGACUGUCAGGAGUUUGGCGGUAGGAUCACCGUCGAGAACUUCUUCAAACGCAAAUAUAAUAUCACCUUGCGCCGCCAUUCUGACCUUCCCCUCAUCAAUGUCAGCACCAAUCGCAAAAAGCCCAUCUACCUCCCGGCGGAGCUCUGCGAUAUUGUCCCCGGUCAAGCAUAUCGCGGCAAGCUCGACCGGGAUCAGACCGCUGCGAUGAUCAAGGUCGCGUGCAACCCACCUGCCUUCAACGGCAACACCAUCGUCGACCAAGGCUUUGCCGACCUUGGUCUUCGACCCAACGCCUCCGGCGCGACGCUUGGGACGUUCGGCAUCAGCAUCAGCCCGGACAUGCAAGUCGUCCCGUACCGUCGUCUUCCCCCACCUGCGAUCUCGUACCGCGUCGGGCGUCCUCGCGUUCAGGACGCCGGAUGGAACAUCCUCGACGUGAAGUUCCAAGUCGGUGGGAACAUGACGAACUGGGCCGUCCUCCUCGUUCAGGAUGGCCGCCGCGACGAGUUCCAGGGACCCAACGACCCCGCGCUCAUCGCCUUCCUCAAGGCAUUCCUCGCGAAGUGCAACAAUAGCGGCAUCCUCGGCGCAGACAAGCCGCCCCGAAUCAUGUCUGUAGACCUCCCCCGUCUUGACCAGGACACGCCGACUCGCGCUCAGGCGAUCGCUGCGAUCAGCAAGGUGUUCAGGGACAACCUCAAUCCCAAAAAGAAGCCUAGCUUCGUUCUCGUCCUCCUUUCCGGCAUCGACAAGUAUAUUUACCCGGGCAUCAAGCAACUCGCGGAUGUCGAACUGGGCAUCCACACGAUCCAUAUGCUGCUCACGAAAGCGCGCGACGACCGCGGGAACAGGCAGGACCAGUACUUCUCGAACGUCGCGUUGAAGGUCAACACGAAGCUCGGGGGAGUCAACCACCAGCUGGACGAUAGGUCGAUGCAGUGGCUCAGAGGUGUCGGUGGCAAUGGCCCGGCGACGAUGAUCAUGGGCAUCGACGUGACGCAUCCUAGUCCGCUUAGCCUUCCGGGCACCCCGAGUGUCGCCGCGGUUGUCGCGAGCGUCGAUUCCCACUUCGCACAAUACCCCGCGAGCCUUAUGUUGCAAAAGCCCGAUUGGAACAAAGAGAGCAAAGAGAUGGUCGAAGGUCUGACGCAGAUGACCAUAGAACGUCUUCAACUCUAUCAGAAGAAGAACGGGGGGAAACUGCCGGAACGGAUCUUCGUCUUCCGCGACGGCGUCUCAGAGGGCCAAUACCCUCAGCUGUUGAGCAUUGAGCUCCCAAGGUUACAGGCGGCAUUCAAGCAAAUAUCUCCUUUGAAACCCUACAAGCCAAAGCUCAGCAUCAUCGUCUGUGGAAAACGCCACCACGCCCGGUUCUGGCCAGUUGACUCUCAGCAUGCGACGAGGAACGGCAACACGUUUUCGGGGACUGUCGUCGACAAAGGUAUCACUGACGCCUACGACUUUGAUUACUACCUUCAGGCCCACAGUGGCUUGCAAGGACACGUCAAAGCGACGCACUACGUUGUCGUGUACGACGAGAACAAGCUCGACGCCGAUACAAUCCAGCAGGGCACCCAUACUGCGAGCUACAUGUAUGCACGCGCGACGAAGGCAGUCAGCCUCAUCCCAGCCGCUUACUACGCCGACAUCGCCUGCGAGCGCGGGCGCGAAUACCUGAACGUUCUGAUGAACGCCAGCGACGACUCCCGUUCGUCUGCCGCAGAAACUGCAGAUAGGGAGGCGCAGAAGGAGGCGACAUUCCAGAGCGCGGUGAGAAUGUGGGGGAACGGCGUCAACAAGGAGUUGAAGGACACCAUGUUUUACAUCUAGCGGCGCUGAGCGAGGCUUGCUCACUGGUAGACCACAUCUCCACAUCCAUCUGCUGCUUGAUGCUGUCCUGUAUUGCUUUCUUGGCCCGACCGAAUGUUGUACUUGUAUCAUUGAUGACGAAUUCAUAUUCUUGGACUGAUACCGCAGUCACAUGC